GUAUGUUUUGUGUCUGCAUAUACCUGCGCUUGAACGUGCUAAAUUCUGACACUUUUCUAUCUAAAGUUUUAGUCGGAAAUGGGGUGCAAAUGGCAAAUGAGUAGUUUGCUGCGAACAAGCUCUAAAAUGUUGUGAUGGUUGGUCUACUCUACAGGCUGUUCCGCACCAUUUGAAAAAAAUCACCGUGUCAGUUUCAUCUUUCUUAUGCAAAGUAGCUGUCUUUGAAGGCGGAUCUUUUGGCAGGUUAGCCCAGGACAGUUGCAACGACAAGCUCAAACGAGAAAUGCCACCAACCAGUCCAAACUGAAUAGGUCUGUCUCUGGAGUGGUUAGUUAGGAAUAGACCUCAACUCUGUUUUAGUUAAUUAGGUUACUACACCGUUUGCGUGGAUUUAUCGUACGCACUUAGGCUACACAAACGCUGUGCGAGAGGAAGAGCAAUUUAGUUGAGUUGGUAAAUGACAGACUGGUUCCAUUCGCGCUGCAGGACCUCAUUUUAAUGUCUAUGUGCAGGACAGAGACAGGAGGAUUCCGACCUGGCGUUGUUGAAACCGAGGAGUACUGUCCCUUAACGCACUUUUAGAAGCUCUGGAACGUUUGCUUGGAUCGGAACACGUUUAUCCAAUUAGAAAAAGAACCAAGGUAGACAAAAAAAAUUGUGCAACGGAAUAGGCACAACUACAGUAAAUGCAUUUAAUCUCUUAACAUGUUGGAUUUUUCUGGAACAAAUUGAUACACUUCAAAGCAUGGACAUUAUGGUAAGCGACCAUUAUUUUAAAAGAAAACGAUGUACACUUUUUUGUAAUUGUCUUUGGAGUUAAAUUGUAAUCAAAGGAAUUAGACUACACGUAAAAAGGGGAAACAAUGGUCUUUUCAUAGACAAUUGUGAGUUUUCAUCCACAGUUUUGCACAUUCAUAAAAAAAUAAGCUACACAAAGCUUUUUAGUAGGCCUUUCCUGUAUAGACGCAACUUCUGAUUUAUCGUAAGUGACAUUUUAUCUUAGAUUUUUUGCCACUAAAAGGUUCAAAGAGGAGAGACUAUGCAUUCCACUGCUAAACUGAGCCUUAUCAAUGUGCUACUGGUCUGUCUGAGUGGUGUCUGCUCAGCCAUUAGCUCCAUAGACCCAGACCGGCCAGGUGAAGGGAGAUGUCAACAGAUUGUCAUCCCCCUAUGUAAGGACAUUGGCUACAACAUGACAAGGAUGCCCAAUCUGAUGGGCCACGAGGACCAGAAUGAGGCAGCUAUCAAGCUACAUGAGUUUGCCCCUCUCAUAGGGUUUGGAUGCCACACUCACCUCAAGUUUUUUCUCUGUUCGCUGUAUGCACCUAUGUGCACGGAGCAGGUGUCCACCCCAAUCCCUGCCUGCAGAGUGAUGUGUGAGCAGGCCAGGCAAAAGUGCUCCCCUAUCAUGGAGCAGUUCAACUUCCGCUGGCCUGACUCCCUGGACUGCUCCAGACUACCUACUAAAAAUGACCCCAACAACCUCUGCAUGGAGGCCCCCAACAACGGCUCAGACGAGCCCCCCAAAGGCUCCCACACCCAGCGUCCUGACUUUAGGCUUCAGCGGCCCAUGAAGGAGACGGAGAGCAAGGAGACCUGCAGUAACCCAGGCAAGUUCCACUAUGUGCAGAAGAGUGAGUCCUGCGCCCCCAAGUGCUACCCCAAAGUGGAUGUGUACUGGAGUCAGGGAGAUAAGCAGUUCUCUCUGGUGUGGAUGGCUAUCUGGUCCAUCCUCUGCUUUAUCUCCAGCUCAUUCACUGUCCUCACCUUCCUCAUCGACCCCCAGCGAUUUAAAUACCCCGAGAGGCCUAUCAUCUUCCUCUCCAUGUCCUACUGUGUCUACUCUGUGGGCUACCUGGUCCGUCUGUUUGUGGGAGCAGACAGUAUCGCCUGUGACCGGGACAGUGGGGUCCAGUACAUCAUCCAGGAGGGACUGGAAAGCACGGGCUGCACCAUCGUCUUCCUCAUCCUCUACUACUUCGGCAUGGCCAGCUCCCUCUGGUGGGUCAUCCUCACACUCACCUGGUUCCUGGCUGCAGGGAAGAAGUGGGGCCACGAGGCCAUCGAGGCCAACAGCAGCUACUUCCACCUGGCAGCCUGGGCCAUCCCAGCCAUCAAGACCAUCAUGAUCCUGGUGAUGAGGAAGGUUGCGGGGGACGAGCUGACGGGGGUGUGCUACGUGGGCAGCAUGGACGUGAAAGCUCUCACAGGCUUCGUGCUCAUCCCACUCUCCUGCUACCUCAUCAUCGGCACCUCCUUCCUGCUGUCGGGCUUCGUGGCCCUGUUCCACAUCCGCAAGAUCAUGAAGACGGAGGGGGAGAACACGGAUAAACUGGAGAAGCUGAUGGUACGGAUCGGAGUGUUCUCCGUCCUCUACACUGUACCUGCCACCUGCGUUAUCGCCUGCUACUUCUACGAGAGGCUCAACAUGGACUACUGGAGGAGCCUGGCCGUGGAGCAGAGGUGUGUUGACAGCAGCAGGAACAAUGCAGAGUCUGAAGAGUGUGGUAUGAAGAGCUCCAUCCCGGCCGUGGAGAUCUUCAUGGUUAAGAUCUUCAUGCUGUUAGUGGUGGGCAUCACGAGUGGCAUGUGGAUCUGGACCUCAAAAACACUGCAGUCAUGGCAGAAUGUGUUUAGCAGGAAGCUGAAGAAGAGGACUAGGAGGAAGGCUGCCAGUGUGUUUACAAGCAGUGGGCCUUACAUCAAGCCUCACCCAGCACUGAAAGCGCACAACACAAAGUAUGAGCCUACCAGGCCCCCUCCUACAUGCGUAUGAGCUGGCGCUCUCACAGACAGUCUGCGAAACCAAAAUCCUUCUAAAGCCCUUACCUAAAACAGACUUUUUAAUCAGAGUGCCAACAAGAGACAACAAUGUUCAUAUUUAUUUUAAGUAUUUUUUUGUUAUCUUGAUCCAUCUCAAGCUACAAGGACAGCCUUUGUUUCAAAUAUCUGCUACUCCUGGAACCACUUAUCCAUUUAAGAACAUGAUAGAGGAAAAAAACUUUUUGUUUCCAAGACAAA